AUGCAGUCGUUUCUAGCGCUGAAGCUGGGCUGCCUCUUCGCCCUGGUCCUGCUGCCGCUGCUCUGCGGUCUCCUACCGGCGCUGCUUUUCCGCCUGCUUGGGGCCGCCGGCAAUGGCGUCUCUGGGAGCGGACGAAGCAUCCUGAGCUGUGCGGCGGGCGGAGUCUUUAUGGCCGCUUGCUUGCUGGACGUGGUGCCCGAUUCGCUGGCUGAUCUUCGGGAUGAGCUCCGUCGGCACAGCCUCUCGCUGGACUUCCCCACGCCUGAACUCAUCCUGGCUCUGGGCUGUUUGCUGGUGCUGGUCCUGGAGCACGUGAUCUUGGACUGCAGCGAGCAGCGAGGGGCCGAGGCUUCGCUGCCCCUCCUGCGCUGCGAAGAGGCCACCGUCGGGGAGCGGCAGGCCGAGGCUGGGGCCGACCCUCGCUCACCCUCAUCCUUCCGUUCUCUGAUCCUGACCCUCUCUCUCUCUCUGCACUCGGUGUUCGAGGGCCUGGCGCUGGGGCUGCAAGUCACUGGGAGCAAAGUCUUGCAGCUGGCGGUGGCAAUUCUCCUCCACAAAUGCAUAAUCGCUGCCAGUUUGGGCCUGCUGCUGCUCCAGAGCCGCCUCCGCCUGCCCUGGCUUGCAGCCUCCAUUGCCUGCUUUGUGCUCAUGUCCCCCCUCGGCGUGGGCUUUGGCAUGGUGGUGAUCCACAGCUCUGGCACAGGCAGUUCCCUGGCGCGGAGUGUACUGGAAGGUGUGGCUGCCGGGACCUUCAUGUACGUCACCUUCCUGGAGAUCUUGCCCCAGGAGCUGCAUGCUCCUUCCAGCCGCUUGCCCAAAAUCCUCGCUGUACUCUUGGGCUUUUCCGGGAUGGCCGGGCUGCGCUUCCUGGGCUGAGGCUGUGGCCGUGGCCGUGGCCCCAGAGCGCUGAUCAAGGCCUCCCUCCCUGGAUGUGGGCUCCAGCAGCCCAUGCAGGCAGCGGCCGGGACAGUUCUCAGCCUCGUGCGUCUGAAAUGGUUUUAUUAAAUAGGUGUACAUUGGUCUGGAACAGAGGCCUGUCGGGUUCUUAUUUGCUCUCUUCCUGCGCAUCUCAUGAUGUUUGAUGGGGAGGGGAGGCUCGCUGCUGCAAUUUGGUGCAUCUGCCCACAUACAC